AUGAGCAAUACCGACCUGGAGCGCAUGUCUCUCAGCUCCUCGGCCAACUCGGUGGCCUCCAGCGCUCGGACGCUCUCGGCCAACGUGAGGAAGCUGCACAACGCGCUCAACCUCCUGCUCAACGACUUCGAGAGGGAGCAGUUCAUCCACUGCCUCAAUGUCUACCACUCCAAACGCAACGUGUACGACCUGGUUCAGACACUCAACGUUAUCCUCAACGCGCCCAGCAAGAGGCAACUUCUUCCCAUGCUGAGGCUGGUCAUCCCCCGCUCAGACCAGCUCCUCUUCGAGCAGUACACCUCGGAGGGCCUCUAUUUAAAAUCGGAUUUAGCCGCGAGUAACGGCAACGCGGAACCCCCCCCGCCGGGCGACUUCCCCAGCGCCAGCGCCAGCCCGACUCCCCCGGGACAUUUCUCGCCAAACAACCCGCCAGAGUUUCAGGUGGCUCUGCGGGGCUCGCCGGACAGUUUCAGCACCAGCAGCGAUGGGACAGCUCCACUGGUGCCUCUGCUCGGGAGGAACUUUAUCCACGAGCCGCCCGGAGAGUUGAGGCAGGUCACCAUGAAGAGGCACAAGAGCAACGAGGGCCUGGGCUUCAGCAUCCGGGGAGGCUCGGAGCACGGGGUCGGCAUCUACGUGUCCCUCGUGGAACCGGGGAGCCUUGCGGAAAAAGAGGGUCUCCGCAUCGGCGACCAGAUCAUGAAAGUCAACGACAAAGUCUUCGAGAAAGUCACUCACGCUGAAGCAGUUAAAGUGCUGAAGGGCAGUAAAAAGCUGUGUCUCUCUGUACGAUCUGUUGGCCGGAUUCCAGGCGGCUAUGUCACCAACCAUGUUUAUACCUGGGUUGACCCUCAGGGUCGGAGCGUGUCACCUCCUCCUGACCUGCCUGAGCAUCGGAGCGCCACCCUGAGAAGAACUGACAGCCAGCGACGCAGUAACAUGCAGCUACUGCAGGACGGAGAUGAGAAGAAGGUCAACUUGGUUCUGGAUGAUGGCCGGUCUCUGGGUCUAAUGAUCCGAGGGGGAGCUGAAUAUGCAUUGGGUAUUUACAUCACCGGAGUGGACCAGGGAUCAGCAGCAGAGUGCGGGGGACUCAAGGUCGGUGACCAGAUCUUGGAGGUUAACGGCCGCAGCUUCGUGAGCAUCCCGCACGACGAGGCCGUCAGGGUCCUGAAGUCGUCGCGCCACCUGAUGAUGACGGUGAAAGAUGUAGGCCGCCUGCCGCAUGCUAGGACGGUGGUAGGAGAGACCAAGUGGAUCGCCAGCUCGCAGAUCGGAGAGAGCUCCGCCAACAGCAGCGUGGCAGGCUUCUCUAUGGAACAGGGAGCCUCUGCAGCAGGAAAGUCUGGGUUUUAUAAAGGUGUGGCAGGCUCACAGGUGACCCUGUCCAGCUUGGUAAACCAGUCCCGGGCCAUGCUGGAGGAGCAAGCACGCCACCUGCUGACGGAGUCGGAGCGGCAGACUAUGGGCUACUACGUGGAGGAGUACCGGGACGGACACAUCGGCGUGGAGCAGCUGGUCAUGGCUCUGUUUGAGCUGCUCAACACCCACGCAAAGUUCUCCCUGUUGUCAGAAGUGCGAGGCCUGGUCACCCCACAGGACCUGGAGCGCUUUGAUGGGCUGGUGCUGCGACGUGAAAUUCAGGCACUGAAGGCGCGGCAGGGCACAGCUGGAGCCACGGCACUCCAACCGGACUCCAUGUCCAUGGUGUCGUACCCAGACACCUUGACCUCGUCUUCAGCCAGCUUCAUGACCAACACCACCCUCAGCUCUGCACGGGAAAGGCUACUCUGGCUGAUAGAUAUGAUGGAGAAUGACAGCGUGGUGGAGAGUAAUCAGGAAGAUCCUCCAGAGAGCCUCAACACGCUGCUGACCGACAUCUCUCUGGAUGAUGUACAGUCCACCACAGCUGAAUCCCCCCCCUCCUUCAAGCCUCCGCCCCCACCAGGGGGGCAGAGGCGUCCGAGUAGACAAGACCAGCUCAACAAAUGCCCCUCGUCCGAAUCCUCCCACUCAGGCCUGUACUUCACAGCCCCGACCUCCCACAACCACAGCAAAGACCCAGGACACGCCCCCACUUCACCCUCGCUACACCACAUACGAGAGCACCCCAGGGACCACUCUCGGGAAUACGCCGCCAUCCGGAAGAGAGAACCUUCAGCCCCUUCCAAGAAAGAACAAAUGACCCUCGCUCAGUUGUCCAUGGUCUCCAAGCACAUCAUUGGCCCUUUCCCCAGGGUACAGUCCCCCAACAGAGGCACCAAACCUGGGGUCCCGUCCCCCUCGCCUCCACCUCCGCCUCCACUCCCCGCUCCUCAUCCACCUCCAUCUCUGCCACUUAAGCUAGUGCCCAUGUCCAAAGCCUCCCCCGCCUCCUCUCCUGGCACUAAACAACAGUUUGUUACAGUGGAGGUUCACAGGCCCAACGCAGAGCCCGACGUCAACGAGGUGCGGCCCCUUCCCCAAGCUCGAGGUGGCGCCCUGUCUCAGCUGUCAGACAGCGGCCAGACCCUCAGUGAAGACAGCGGGGUGGACAUAGCUGAGUCAGGACACGUCAACAAAGACAACAGCUCCCUUUCCACACGCACACGCCACCCCCGUGACACCCAGGGGGGUGGGGGGGACAAACCGCCAGGGCUGUUGGAGCCCACAUCCACACUAGUGAGGGUGGCAAAGAGUGCCAGCACCCUGGGUAUUGCCAUCGAAGGUGGAGCCAAUACUCGACAGCCGCUGCCAAGAAUUGUCACAAUACAGAGGGGUGGUUCAGCUCAUAACUGCGGCCAGCUGAAGGUGGGUCAGGUGAUCCUGGAGGUAAACGGGAAUUCCUUGAAGGGCCGUGAGCACAAGGACGCUGCACGCCUCAUCGCCGAGGCCUUCAAGACCAAAGAGAGGGACUACGUGGACUUCCUGGUGACCGAUUUCAAUGUAGCGCUAUAG